AUGUCUACGACAGUGAACAAUCCAAACAAGGCUUGCUGCACCAUUCCACCUGUGCAGUCAGACUACAAACCCAAGGGAACGUACAAAUCCCUCGGUGACUACAAACGGGUCUACACCACUGGGCCUGAAAAGAGCGAAAAUGCCAUCGUCUGUGUGUUCGAUAUCUUUGGAUUCUUCCCCCAGACUCUGCAAGGCGCAGACAUUAUCGCAGAUAGCCUGAAGACCACGGUCUACAUGCCCGAUUUCUUCGAGCCUGAGGAGGCAUUUUCGAUUGAGAAGUUCCCCCCGAGACAUGAUCAGGAUAAGCAAGACCUCCAGGACUUCUUCGGUGGCAUUGCCAGCCCUCCUGCAACCACCAAGAAACUCACGACCUUUGGUGCAUACCUCAAGUCCCAAGGCCACAAGAAAGUUGCCACAUACGGUUUCUGCUGGGGCGGUAAGGUUGUUGUCUGUGGCUCGGGAGAGAACACUCCCUUCGAUGCUUCUGCGAUCGUUCACCCUGCGAUGAUGUCCGUUGAGGACGUCAAAAACUUGACGAUUCCCUUCGCUGUUUACCCCUCCCAAGACGAACCGGAAUCCGAUUACAAUGAAAUUGUUGACGUCAUUAGCAAGAAGCGGUUUGCCAAUCUUUGCGAUCACAAAUACUACAAGGAUAUGUUCCAUGGAUGGGCGGCUGCACGCGGGGAUCUGACGAAGGAAGACAACAAGCAAGCAUACGAAGACGUUUAUGGAAGGUUGAUCGCAUUCUUCAACAAAGCCCUGUAGAAAACGAGUUCUGGGGUGAUCGUAAAAAGAGACGUAGAAAGUUUGAU